AACGAAUUGUCUCUCUCUUCUUCUACCUCAGUUCACUCUGCAAAUGAACCCUAGAUUUCCUUCUCCACCUCGACAAUAAUGCAUUCAUUUCCCAAACACAUCUCCGGGCGAACCCGACCCUCCAGAUCGACGGUCUUGAUCGUCUCCUGCCUCCUCCUCUUCGCACUCUCCGCCUUCAUCUUCGCCCUCACCGCAUUCUUCGAUCUCAGUCACGGCAGCUACCGUUGCCGCACGGCCGAUCCGAGGUCUGUCAAAGUCGUUUGGGAUCGGAAGAGUAAUGCUGGUAAUGGAAAAAAUGGUAAUGAUGGGGAAAAUGGUUUGGGAGAUGGUAAUGGAGUGAAGAGGCACAAGGUGAUGGCUUUUGUUGGGAUACAGACUGGGUUUGGAUCCACUGGUCGGAGGCGCUCUUUGAGGAAGACUUGGAUGCCCUCCGAUCGCCAAGGCCUUCAACGGUUGGAAGAGGCUACCGGUUUAGCUUUUAGGUUUGUAAUAGGUAGAACAAAUGAUAAAUCAAAGAUGGCUGAGCUUAGAAAGGAGGUUGCAGAAUAUGAUGAUUUCAUGCUGUUAGAUAUUGAGGAGGAGUACAGUAAGCUCCCUUAUAAAACGUUAGCAUUCUUUAAAGCUGCAUUUGCGCUCUUUGAUUCUGAGUUCUAUGUCAAAGCUGAUGAUGAUAUAUAUUUGAGGCCAGAUCGACUAUCACUUCUCUUAGCAAAAGAGCGUUCUCACUCUCAGACUUACCUUGGAUGCAUGAAAAAGGGACCAGUUUUCACAGAUCCAAAGCUCAAAUGGUAUGAACCACUAUCCUCUUUGCUUGGCAAGGAAUACUUUCUUCAUGCGUAUGGACCUAUAUAUGCUCUUUCAGCAGAUGUUGUUGCAAGUCUGGUUCCCCUUAGAAACAAUAGUUUUCGGAUGUUCAGCAAUGAGGAUGUUACAAUUGGUGCCUGGAUGCUUGCAAUGAAUGUCAACCAUGAGAAUAGCAAGGAACUGUGUGAAGCAGAGUGCACACCAUCAUCUAUAGCUGUAUGGGAUAUUCCUAAGUGUUCAGGUCUAUGUGAUCCAGAAAAUAGGUUACUAGAACUUCAUCAGAAGGAGAUCUGCUCCGGUAGUCCAACACUGGAAUCUGAUGGAUAGCUUCAUUAAUCUAAACUUCAUUAAACUUGAAGAAUUUCUUCGGAAAUGACUUACUCUUCUGGUAAUGUCAAUUCCUUCUACUUUCUUCAAUCAUUCCAACCAAAAAUUUCUGUUUCAAUCUUUCAUGAUUUUUUCGUGUAUUAUAUCAUUUUUUACCAAAGACGCUUACACCACUAUUCUUUUAAAAACUCAAAGUACUAAAUCUGAUGACAUAUGUAAACUAUUGCUGGAAAAUUGCAUUGAAUUUUCUAACUUUGCCAAUAGAUCAUACUAAAGAGCAUUAUUUCUAGCUUGUGUGAAUCAAUACGCAAUGCACGGUUAAGUGCUUGGUAUUGUAAAUGUUUGAACUCCUUUUCUUGAUCCCAAGUCAAUAUCCAAAGAAAUUUGUUCUUUAAUU